AUGGCUUUCAAUGAGACGGUGACAUUCACAUUGGAUGUGGUCGGUGGGAAGUUAGCUGCUGCCCAGAAAGAGAAUGAAUUCAUCUAUCAUGAAAAAGUGCCUGAUCUGUGUUCCUUGCCUCGUGUGAAGGGAGCAUCUCUUGUCAAAGGUGUUGGCUUCUCCAUAUCAGACCCAGACAUAUCUGGUCCAGACAUCUUUGCAUCCCUUGUACCUCUUGAAGCACAUGAAGCAUCAUCCUUAUACAGUGAGGAGAAGGCCAAAAUCUUGAGAGACCUAGGAAAUAAAAUUUCAGGGAAAGACCAGGAGUUGAUGUCUUUUCUCACAUCAUUGCAUCCUGAACAUUUGGAACUCCUUGAAAACAUGGAUCAUCUCCCUGGGAGCUUGGUGGAUCGGAUUGCCUCUCUUUCAGCUCGCCCACAGGCCAUUCAGGAGAUGAAGGAGACUAUGGAGAAACUGAGCAGCUUGUUUCAUGAUGUCCAGAGUGGAUUGAAAGAUAUUGAUGAAAUCCUUCAGGAGGAAGAUGAGAAAGAAGCAGACUUUGAGAAAGUGAUGGGGAAGCGUUCGCCAUCAAGGCUGAUUGUGGAAUUGAAACGAGAGUUUAAGUGCUACCAAGAUGCUCAUGCCAAAGCUUCAGGUUCUAACACUGCUUUGCAUCAAGCAGUUCAACUACAUCUGGAGAAUAUCAAGCUCCUUCUCCAACCUCUUGAUGUCAUCCAGGAUCAUAUUCCCUCUAUAGAAAUUUCUCAUGGAGACCAUUUUCGGCACCCACCUUGCACUCACUUUCGACAUGCCCAGAUGGUCAUGCAAAAUUCUGAGGACUGUUGUGGGCGAUGCCCCGACCAUGAGAGAGAUCUCCUUUUUCUUCAGGCGGCCAUCAUUCAACACCAGCUGUUCCACCUGUUCAACAAUGUCCGGCGAAGUCGCUUCGAUCGGUCUUCGACUUCGAGGAUCAUCUUCUAA